AUGGGUCUACAUACUAAGCUCGCUAGCGACAUCAGCGAAGUCGACGUUAUUAUCGCCGGAGGCGGCACAGCAGCAUGUGUUAUCGCCGGCCGCCUAGCGGAGGCUGAUCCCAAUCUGUCUAUCCUCCUCAUUGAAGGCGGCCAAGACAAUCGCGGGGUGCAGAACAUUGAGAACCCUGUGUUCUUCCUAGACCAUCUUCUGCCUACCUCCACCUCCACUUUGUUCUACAAGGCCAACAAGUCCGAGCACUUGGCGGGUCGCGAGUCCAUUGUGCCCUGUGGAGGCACAUUGGGUGGAGGCUCCUCAAUUAACUUUAUGAUGUACACUCGUGCUCAACGAGCGGACUUUGACUCUUGGAAGACACCUGGAUGGUCCGCUGACGAGAUCUACCCCUUCUUGAAAAAGCUCGAGACUUACCAUGGUCGAGGUGACCCAGAGCAUCACGGUUUUGACGGCCCUGUUAAUAUCUCUGACGGAACCUUCCGUGCCAAGAACCCUGAGAGUGACUUCAUCAACGCUGCCUCUCAAGUCGGCUGGCCUGAGAUCCAUGACCUGCAGACACUAAACCACAACAACGGUGUCGAGCGCUGGCUACGAUACGUCUCCAAGGAUGGCCGACGACAGGACACUGCCACUGCUUACAUUCAUAACAAGAUCGAAAACAGCAAAUACCCUAACCUCCACAUUCUUGUGGAGUCCAAGGUUAUCCGCGUCCUUCUUGACGACGAGAAGCGAGCUGUUGGUGUCGAGUACACACCUAACCCCGUUUUCCAGACUGAGAUCGUCACCACACAACACCCCAAGUUGACUGUCAAGGCGAGGAAGCUUGUAGUCGUCUCUUGUGGUGCCCUUGGUACUCCCCCAGUACUAGAACGAUCCGGUCUGGGAGAUCCCAAGAUCCUUGAAAAGGCUGGUGUCGACGUCAAGCUUGAUCUGCCUGGGGUUGGUCACGAGUAUCAGGAUCACAACCUGAUUCUCUACCCUUACAAGACCGCCCUCCAACCCAAUGAAACCAUCGACAGAGUUCUUAGGUACCCCGAGAAGCGCCAAGAGCUGAUUGACUCAAAGGAUCCUGUUCUGGGCUGGAACUCUGUUGACAUUUCUUCCAAGCUUCGUCCUUCAGACGCUGAUGUGGCUUCCCUUGGCCCUGAGUUCCAGAAGGCGUGGGACAGAGAUUUCAAGAAUGUUCCCAAUCGUCCUAUGAUGCUCAUGGGUCUUGUUAACUGUUUCCUUGGCGACCCUUCAUCUGUGCCAGAAGGUCAAUACGUCACCGUCGGCAACUAUACAGCUUACCCGUACUCGCGCGGCCACAUCCACAUCACAGGCCCCGCACAUGAUGACCCUCUAGACUUUGAUGUCGGAUACCUUAGCGACAAGUACGAGCUUGACUUGAAGAAGCAAGUGUGGGCUUACAAGAAGUCUCGCGAGAUCAUGCGCCGAACAAAGAUGUACCGCGGCGAAGUCGAGGCUGGCCACCCAACAUGGCCCGAGGGAUCAAAGGUCGCUUCAGCGGACAUCACCGACGCUCUGAGCGAUGUCAAGGACCUCGAGUACUCUGCUGAAGACGACAAGGCUAUUGAGCAGUGGGUUCGACAAACUGUCAUGACAACGUGGCACUCGAUCUCUACCUGCAGGAUGGCUCCUCGCGAGGAGAACGGUGUUGUGGACGAGCGUCUGAACGUCUGGGGUACCAAGGGUCUCAAGUUGGCUGACUUGAGUAUUGCGCCAGAGAAUGUUGGUGCGAACACUAAUAACACUGCUAUUGUGGUUGGUGAGAAGGCUGCAAAUAUCAUCAUCAAGGAUCUGGGGCUUGGUAGCAAUGGUGCGGUGAGUUCCCGCCUAUAA